AUGAUUGUGGACUUCAGGAAGAGCACUGUCCCCCCACCCCCACCCUCCGUGAUGGACUCCCCCAUCACCUCUGUGGAGUCCUUCCAUUUCCUGGGCACCACCAUCACCCAGGACCUCAAGUGGGAGCCGACCAUCAGCUCCCUCAUCAAGAAGGCCCAGCAGAGGAUGUACUUCCUGCGGCAGCUCAGGAAAGCCAAGCUGCCUGCACAGAUGUUGGUGCAGUUCUACACGGCCAUCAUCGAGUCCAUCCUCACCUCCUCCAUCACCUCCUCAUCACCUCCUCCAUCACCUCCUCAUCACCUCCUCCAUCACCUCCUCCAUCACCUCCUCAUCACCUCCUCCAUCACCUCCUCCAUCACCUCCUCAUCACCUCCUCCUUCACCUCCUCAUCACCUCCUCCAUCACCUCCUCCAUCACCUCCUCCAUCACCUCCUCAUCACCUCCUCCAUCACCUCCUCCAUCACCUCCUCAUCACCUCCUCCUUCACCUCCUCCAUUACCUUUUCCAUCACCUCCUCAUCACCUCCUCAUCACCUCCUCCAUCACCUCCUCAUCACCUCCUCCAUCACCUCCUUCAUCACCUCCUGCAUCACCUCCUCAUCACCUCCUCCAUCACCUCCUCAUCACCUCCUCCAUCACCUCCUCCAUCACCUCCUCCAUCACCUCCUCCAUCACCUCCUCAUCACCUCCUCCUUCACCUCCUCCAUUACCUUUUCCAUCACCUCCUCAUCACCUCCUCAUCACCUCCUCCAUCACCUCCUCCAUCACCUCCUCAUCACCUCCUAAUUCAUCACCUCCUAAUCACCUCCUCCAUCACCUCCUCAUCACCUCCUCCAUCAUCUCCUCAUCACCUCCUCAUCACCUCCUCCAUCACCUCCUCCAUCACCUCCUCAUCACCUCCUCCAUCACCUCCUCCAUCACUUCUUCUUCCGCCUCCGUCGAGCACAGACGUGUCUCAGACGCUCCUGCUUCUGACUGCUGCUAUCUCCUGUUUUUGUCUUUUUCCUGGAGUUUUGCCACAGACAACUUUAACAAGAAUGGAAAUGAUUAA